AAAAAAAAAAAUCUGUUUAACAUUUAUACAUAGACAGAUAGAGAAUACUUGGCAUUGGCGAUGGAGUACGAGAGGAUUGAGAAGGUGCAGAAGAGCAUCAUCUCGCCGACGAAGCUGCGAAUGAAGCUAAUGGGUCUGCACAAUAACAAAAAGAAAGAAGGAUCUAACACUAACUCUUCAAGAACUUCACCUGUUCGUCUUCAGGUUUCGGAUGGCACAGAAUUCUCCAAGAACAGCUUGCUAGCUUCUAACUCUGAUUCAUACGACUAUGAUAAUGUGGCAGCUUCAACAACGGACAUAGGAGUAGCUAAACUGUCCGUUUUAGACCUAAGCAAUAACCAAGCCUCGAGACAUGAAUGUGAAGGUCUUACGAGAGAAACCAAUCAACCGAAACCUCAGCAACUGAAAAAACCUGACAUGAGUAUAACUCUGAGACCACAAGAAGAUGAAAACCUUGAUUAUGACAGUAACGCUAGCUCUUCAAGCUUCGAGUUUCACGGUGGUGUUCGUGGAGAGCGUUCGAAUCAGAAUCAUCUCUCAAGAGCAUACCUUUCGAGACAAAUGCCAUCCAAGUGGAAUGAUGCUGAGAAGUGGAUAAUGAGCAGACAGAACAUGGUGAUGAGGAAGAACGGUCAAGUGAACCGGAUGCCUGUUAAAGUUAUGACCGAUAAUACAGGUUACGAGCAUAACAAAGCAAGGAUACAAACUGAUGGGUUCGAGAAGUUCCCUAAUUAUGUUCCCACGGUGCCACAUCCAGUUCUAACUCAAGGCUAUGGAGGAAACUUAUUGAUCGAUCAAUGUACACAAAACAAUGAUCUUGUAGACACAACAAAGGAUUCAUCACGUAGCGAUACACCAGCUGGUCCUGUUACUCGCUCGGUAUGUAUGAGAGACAUGGGAACUGAUAUGACGCCAAUACCAAGUCAAGAACCUUCAAGAUCUGUCACACCAAUCGGUGCAACAACUCCUCUUCGCAGCCCGACUUCGUCUCUACCCUCUACUCCUAGAGGAGGCCUACAAGAAGAGCCACAAGACCCGUCAGCAAACACAAAAAGAGAACUAUCUGAAGACGAAAUGAAAGCAAAAACAAGAAGAGAGAUAGUAACUCUCGGAGUUCGGUUAGGGAAGAUGAACAUCGCGGCGUGGGCUAGUAAAGAAGACGAGGAGAACAAUAAUAACAAGGUAGACGUAGAGGAGUCACAGAGGAUUGAGUUUGAUAAACGAGCAAGUGCUUGGGAAGAAGCAGAGAAAUCGAAACUUAAUGCAAGGUAUAAGCGUGAGGAGAUCAGAAUCCAAGCUUGGGAAAGUCAAGAGAAAACUAAGCUCGAAGCAGAAAUGCAACGUAUUGAGGUUAAAGUUGAGCAGAUGAAGGCUGAAGCUGAAACAAGGAUUAUGAAGAAAAUCGCGAUGGCUAAGCAAAGGUCUGAAGAAAAACGGGCCUCUGCUGAAGCUAGAAGAGUACGUGAUGCCGAGAAGGCAGUGGCUGAAGCCGAAUAUAUCAGGGAAACCGGUCGAAUACCGGUGUCAGGUUCCAAGAUAUGUUGUGGUUGGUUUUCAUGAGUCAUUGGAAUGACUUUUUGUCUUUUGAGUAAAAGCAAUAUUUGAUUUCUCAAAUCCCUUGUAGUUCCAUAUGUGCUCAAAAGAGAGUGGCAAAGAUUGUGUCUUACGUUAGGGCUUGCUAUUGCCCAAGGCCGUAAAAAACAAUUUAAACCAGAGCUGAUAUAAACAGAAACCACUUGUAGGCCGGAUAAAUCACUGGAUUAAAUGUUC